AUCUCUAUUUUAUAUUUUCAAGUCAUGAGCAGUGGUACUGAAUAUAGCGAGGCAGGCGAUGACUACGCUCCCCUGAAAACGACUGCUGCUUCCAAAAAGAUUGCUGUUGCAAAACCUAAAAAGGCUCCCGCAAAAUCAAAAAAAAUACUGGCCAAUGUAUCUGCUGCUGGACUCGGUGAUGCUGCUGCUGCUGCCGAACCUGAUGGAUUCGAUUCUUUUUCCGGUUCGUUAUCUGCUUCUUCCAAAAAGCAAAUUCCUGUAAAAGGUGGCAAGUCUAUCGAGGAAAUUUAUCAGAAAAAAACUCAACUGGAGCAUAUCUUGAUUCGUCCUGAUACAUAUAUUGGAUCGACGGAAUUCAUCAAUACCCCGCUCUGGGUGUUUGAUGGCGAACGCAUGGUUCAUCGCCCUAUUUCUUUUGUUCCAGGUCUUUACAAAAUUUUUGAUGAGAUCAUUGUCAAUGCUGCUGACAACAAGGUGCGAGAUCCCACUAUGGACACUAUCAAGAUUUCCAUUGAUCGUGAAAAAAAUACCAUUUCAGUCUACAACAAUGGCCGUGGCAUUCCCAUUGAAAUCCAUGCCAAGGAACAGAUAUAUGUCCCUGAACUCAUCUUUGGACAUCUGCUCACCUCGUCCAAUUACGACGAUGAUGAGAAAAAAGUUACCGGUGGUCGCAAUGGCUAUGGUGCCAAAUUGUGUAAUAUUUUUAGCACUUAUUUUAUGGUUGAAACUGCCGAUUCCCGUUCAGGAAGAAAGUUUAAACAGGUGUUUUCAAACAAUAUGAGUUCCAAGACUACUCCCACAAUCACUCAGAAUAACAAAGGAGAAGAUUUUACUCAAAUCACUUUCAAGCCCGAUCUUGAAAAAUUCAAAAUGACAGUUAUUGAUGAUGAUUUUGAAGCUCUUUUAAAAAAACGGGCGUACGAUCUGGCGGGGUGUGUUCGAGGCAUCAAAGUAUUCCUCAACAAUACUCGUAUCAAGAUCAAAGACUUUAAGGACUAUGUUGACCUUUAUCUUGAUAAUGUCAAUCCAGAAACGGGAUUAAAACCUCCGAUCGUGUACGAAAAACUCAACGACCGUUGGGAAAUUGCAUAUACUCCAAGUGAUGGUCAGUUUAACCAAGUCAGCUUUGCUAAUAGUAUUUGCACUAGUAAAGGUGGAACUCAUGUCAACACUAUUGCGGAUCAGAUUGUUACUGGACUGAUGGAUCAAGUCAAGAAAAAGGACAAAAAGGCUGUUCCUCUCAAACCCCAUCAAGCCAAGUCUCACAUUUGGAUAUUUGUAAACUGCCAAGUAGAAAACCCCACAUUUGAUUCGCAAACCAAGGAGACUUUGACACUUCGCACUAGCGCUUUUGGAUCUAAAACCCCAAUUUCUGAAGAGUUUAUGAAAAAAGUGUUCAGGUCUGGCAUCAUUGACACAAUUAUGAAGUUUGCCAAGUUUAAACAAGAUCAGCUAUUAAAGAAAACAGACGGAUCGGGUAAAAAGUCGCGCAUUAAUGGCAUCACCAAAUUGGAUGAUGCCAACAACGCUGGUACUAAAAAUGGCGGAAAGUGUACUUUAAUUCUUACUGAAGGUGAUUCUGCCAAGUCGUUGGCUGUGUCCGGUCUGUCUGUGGUUGGACGUGAUAAUUUUGGUGUGUUUCCUUUACGUGGUAAACUAUUGAACGUGCGUGAAGCGACACAUGCACAGAUCACUGGAAAUGCAGAAAUUAGCGCUAUUAAGCAGAUUCUUGGAUUGCAGCAUGGCAAAGUAUAUGAGGAUGCCUCUACGCUUCGGUAUGGUCAUUUGAUGAUCAUGACUGAUCAGGAUCAUGAUGGCUCUCACAUCAAAGGCCUUAUUAUCAACUUUUUAGAUCAUUUUUGGCCUUCUCUGCUUUAUAUUCCUGGGUUUCUUUUAGAAUUCAUCACCCCUAUUGUGCGAGCUACAAAGGGUAAAGGCCACAACAAGCAAGAAAUCUCUUUUUUUACAAUUCCCGAGUUUGAACAAUGGAAAGAAGUCAACAGUGGUGGACGUGGAUGGACCACUAAAUACUUCAAGGGUUUGGGUACCAGCACGACUGCUGAUGCCAAGGAGUACUUUUCGGACAUGAACAAGCACUUGAAGCCGUUUUGCCGACUAGAUGAUGAAUCCCGUGAACUCAUUGAUAUGGCAUUUAACAAGAAAAAAGCUGAUAGUCGUAAGGAAUGGCUCGGCCGCUUUCAGCCCGGCACAUACAUGGACCAUAGUGUUACAGAAAUCUCCUUGCCUGAUUUUAUCAACCGUGAGCUCAUUUUGUUUUCAAUGGCUGAUAAUGCUCGAUCUAUUCCCUCAAGUGUCGAUGGAUUCAAGCCUGGCCAGCGCAAAAUUUUAUUUGCCUGUUUCAAACGAAAUCUAAAAUCUGAAAUCAAGGUUGCUCAGCUUGCUGGUUAUGUUGCUGAGCAUUCAGCCUAUCAUCACGGCGAACAGAGUCUCAAUGCGACCAUUGUCAAUAUGGCACAAAAUUUUAUUGGCAGUAACAAUUUGGGUGUGUUGGAGCCACUUGGUCAAUUCGGUACUCGUUUACAGGGUGGAAAAGAUGCUGCCUCGCCUCGUUAUAUUUUCACCAAUCUGACACCACUUGCACGAACAGUGUUCCAUCCGUCUGAUGAUCCUCUCUUGACCUAUUUGGUUGAUGAUGGCCAGAAUAUUGAACCAGAGUGGUAUUUGCCAGUGUUGCCUAUGCUGUUGGUAAAUGGAGCCGACGGUAUUGGAACAGGUUGGUCAUCUUCGAUUCCAAAUUACAAUCCAAGGGAUAUUGUCGAGUGUCUACACCGUUUGAUGCGUCAUGAGGAGCUUUUUGAAAUUCAUCCUUGGUACCGAGGAUUUAGUGGAAAAAUUGAAAGGGAAACACCUGAAAGAUACAAAGUGACUGGAUGUAUUAGAAAAAUUGAUAGCAACACUGUUGAAAUCACUGAACUCCCGAUUCGAACAUGGACCCAAUCGUAUAAGGAGCAGCUUGAGGCAUGGCUUACAGGAACCGAAAAACAAACUGCUUGGAUCAAGGAUUACAAAGAGUAUCAUACCGACUCCAAAGUUCAUUUUAUCGUGACGCUUACCGAUCAGGCCAUGUCGCUUGCCGAAUCUGAAGGACUUGAAAAACGGUUCAAACUUAUCAGCUCAGUUUCGGUUUCUAAUAUUGUUUGCUUUGAUCUUGAAGGUCGUAUUAGAAAAUACGAUGGUGUUCAAGACAUCAUCAAGGACUUUUACGAACUGCGGUUGAGCUACUACCAGAAGCGUAAGAAUCAUAUGCUGCAGACGCUGACGUUUGAAUACGAGCGGUUGGAAAGCAAAGUCAGGUUUGUAACAGAGAUUAUUACUGGAAAACUUGUGGUGCAAAAUCGAAAGCGUAUUGAUUUGUUGAAGGAGUUGGUUACAAGAAAGUAUAAGCUGAUUCCAAAGAAAAAAGCUGGUUCUGAAGCGACCAACGGUAGUGAAGGAUCUGACGAUGCUAACGAUGGGGACGAGUCCGUGCAGGAUGAUGAUCCACGACAGGGAUAUGAUUAUCUUCUUUCAAUGCCCAUUUGGAAUCUUACGUGGGAAAAGGUACAACAGUUGCAAAAGGAAAUGCAAGAUCGGGAAGACGAAAUCAAGGCAUUGAUUGGCAAGACAAUCCAUGAUUUAUGGCGGUUUGAUUUAGAUGCAUUCCUGGCUCAAUGGGAU